AUGCACCAUUUGAAAAUGGUGAUUCAUGCACGAACAUUAAUGGGGUUGAUGGUGAAUAAUAAGGAGAGACGUACGGUCCUGCUCAGAGACGCAGUCAAUAUUGAUGAACCUUUACUCCGAUGGGUGCUGGGACUAAGGGGGAAAAGAGGAAGCGAUGGUAAAUGGUGCCGAGAGCUUUUAAAUGUUGGGCCAUUCUAUGGCAUAGAUAGGACCGAACAUACGGCUCCAGCAAUCGAUCAUGACGCAGUACUGAGCAUACUGCCACAUGUACAGCGCCAGCCAGACUACCUGAAAGGUAUCGACAGAGCGUCUUUCUCCAUUAAGCAGGUUCUACCUCGAAACAAGGGAUCAGGCAGAAAUACGUAUGUGUCACGACGAGUAGGGAUUCCCGCGUUGCACAUCUUCAUAGGCAGACACGUGUGUUCCGCAUCACUGCAAGUUGGCGAAGAGAAACCGGAGGUACCCUACGUAUGGAUCUAUUUCCCCCGGAAUUCAAAGUUACCUAGAUAUCAGCAAGUGCAAGGAAAAGUAGCACAAUGGACUUACCCCACUUGCGACAUACCCAAAGAGGAUGGUGAUAAGGCGCUACCCUCUAAAUGAGGAAGCGACAGGUAUAGAGGGUGGUGCCAGGCCGAUAUGUUGGAAAUGCCUUUACUGAUUUGCCAGAUGUCAUAUUGGACACGACUAAACAGUAGGGUAGUCCUGGAGCGAACAUGUUCGUUACGUUAGACUCAUUGCAUUGGGUCACAAAAAAUUGGCUAUCAACGGCCUGUAAUAUUCGUAGUUGGAACGAAUUCUCGGAAGCUGCGCAGAAAUUCUAUAUCGUUAUUCGAAUUUCCCUGUGCCAUGACCUCGCGCAAGUUUGCCAACUCAGAAACAUGUUGAGCAAACUGAGACGUAGAUUUUGGAUGUGUAAACCCGAGCAAGGCUUGAUCCAGGAGAUCCUUGAGCCGCUGAGAAAUUCACCUUCGAGAGCUUCUUGACCACACCCGGCACUUGACCAAUGAGAUGGUCCGCUC